GUAUCUUGAAUAAUACUUUAAAACUAUUUACAGAUAUGACAGAAAAAUCUAUAAGUGUUUUUAGAAGACCAAGUAAUAAAAAAUUUAAAAUACCAACAAAUACCACAUUAAAGAGUAUCUGUGAAAAGUUUAUUCGAAAAGAACAAGAGAAGUAUUAUAGACUUUCUCAAAAAGUUGGAGAUAAAGCAUUUAGAAAAUUUUUGAAAAAUUGCAAGAAUGUUGAGAUUGGAUACCUUGAAACAGGUUAUCUGGAAUCAUCUUUUAACAAACAAAUGCAGGACCACAAAAAAUUAAAUAGGCUUGCUAAAGAUUUUAUUGAUACA